AUUCAACAUGGCGGAUUUGAUAUGGAGUUUUGGUGGUAAUUUUCUCGCCGUUGUUUGCAAUACUGGAGCUAAAGUUCUGGAUGUAAGGUGAGAGAUAACGAAAAUAUUGAUGUAAAUACGGAAAAGGGUAAAAGUAAAUUGACAGUGGUGCAUCGUUCGGAAUUCAAACCACCCUGAGCAUGGUCGUGUCGCACAGCUUGCACGUGCAAUUGUGAUUAGGACACUUUUGAGCUCUGGAUGUUUUUGAACACUUUACAGCUUUAAGUGCGGAAUCAUCAACUGCUUUCCAGUUUGUUUGAAAGUAUGAUGUAUCACAAGAACUUUGAGAGAAACUUUUCGAAAGAGAGAGGCCAGGUCCUGCAAUAGUUUCAAUUUAAAUUUGUGGGUAUGUUAGGUUGUUUUAUCAUAUCAUAAUCACUUUUCACUUUUACUUUUUAAAAGGAGGGGGGGGGGGGAAAAUCACACGCGUAAUCCUUUUGGGACUUCCCGAGAUUGAUCUGGGACUGAUCCCUACUUGAUUGUAAUUUAGCAUGUUUCCUUAAAUUAACUUGAAAAGUACACGUCGUUUGGAAAGUAACAGUAGUUGCUGUUUCUCCCUUUUUGCAUAGAGAUGGAACUUGCAAGUUUUCUUAUGCUGUUGAUUGUGUACAGCAGUCAGCUUUACCAGAAGAUGCAAGUACACUGGGACAUGGAGUACUUUGCUGUUUUUCAAAGUCUGGAGGGUUGUUUGCCCUUUGUACUCCAUAUAAAGAAUUAUUCAUUUGGCAGACAAGUGACUGGAAACUGCUGAACAAGAGGUACUGUUAACCUGUUACACCCUGACACCAGUACACAUGUUUGCUUAAAUUUCUUCUCAAGAAUGUUAAUAUAUUUGGUGAGGAGUCCUAAUUGUUCCAGAACCUGCAUGUAAUCGCUGCUUAUCCAGACAUUGUACCUUUUGACAAAAACACAUUCAAAGUCAGACAGUUAUUAGUUGGAAAAGGGGCAAAGGACACUACUUAAUCAAAGAAUUAAGACAUAACAUGAGUUAGUUCUAAAGAGCCUUUUAAAUUUUUUGCCAUUUGCUAUUUCAGAGAGGUCAUUAGAAGAUCAACAGUUAUAUUAUUUACAAAUAAAGAGGACAGCAUUAUAGUCAGUAACAAAGGAGGAGAUGUUUACAGGUCUGUCAAAAUGAGAACAUUCUAUAUACUUGAUAUCUGAAUGUGAAAAUUGGUGUGACUAGAGGGUUAUUGAAGUCUACAAGGUGAGUUAUUGAUGGAUAAUUACUUCAAUCUCCUUCCAGGUUUUCUGUACAUGAUGUUGACAAAGAAAAAGAACUACUCUUGGGACAUGUUUCUAUGAUUUUAGACAUGGUAAGGUACCAAGUUCUAAUAUUUAGAUUUGAGAUAAAAUUUCUGAGGGAGUUUUUGAACAUAAAAUAAUUUUAAUAAAUGGUGUGAUAGGUCUUGUCAUGAGUGCAGGACAAAGAAAAAUUCUAAAUCCCCAUGAGGAGUACUAAAUAAGUACAUCAGUGUUGUAAAUAACAUAAGUGAUGUUAUCAGUGGAAAAUCAAUAAAAAAAGAGAGGGACAUAAAAGAAAGGAAUGGAUGAAAAAAGGAACUUGACACAACAACUGAGUUAGGGCUACAUACCUGUCUACUGUAUUUUCUCAAAUAAGUGCCAAUGUUGUAAUUAGCACCCUCCCCCAAGUCAACACCCGCCCCCUAGAUCACAAUAUCAACCAGGCCACCACCUCCCUCUAAUAAGCACCUUCCCCUCCCUCCCCCUACUUUCUUAAAGAGUAGGGAUACAAAGAAAACCUGUUUCUAUUGCCACUUAAUUUAUAACUUUUAAGCAUUAACUACAGGGAAAUCAGUUCUGGAGAAUGAUGUCUUCUCUAUCGAUCUGUUUAAGUCACUUCCACCUAUUUCUAUCUCCAUGUGCUUACAGAGUUCCACUAUAUGCAUUGCCUGUGCUUUUAAUUUUCUUUCUAUUAAGUCACUUCCAGCUAUUUCUAUAGAUCUGUAUGUGCUUGCAGGGUUCCUUCAUAUGUAGUCUUUUCUUUUAAUUUUUGUUCCUUUUAGCCAAAAUGGCGUCCACUUUGCUGACCAUGGGCAGUACACCAACUUGUCUCUAUUAAUUUUCUUUUUAGAAUGUGCUUGAUUCUUCUUUUAUAUAUUUUAAUCUAUUUUUUAUCACCAAUUAUUUUUUAUAUUUCAAGGUUCUUACUGAAGAUGACAAGUUUUUAAUUACAUCAGAUAGAGAUGAGAAGAUACGAGUUAGUUGUUUCCCAAACUCUUAUAGCAUCCAUUCAUUUUGUCUUGGACAUUUAGAGUAAGUUUAUUAAUCACUUCUAAAUAAUGUACAUGUAGAUAAUAGGUCUUGCAUAGAAUUAAUGACAAUUGACUGCCCCAAAGUUUUUAAUCCAUUUUAUAGAAAAUGGAAACACAGAUGUAUGCUCUGAACUGAGUAGGCAUACAAAGUAGAAUUCCCUUCUAGGGAGCUCUGUUUGUAAUUGCUCCUCUGGAAAAUUUUGAAAUUUUAAACUCUCUAAGAUGUGGUUUCUGGCAUUCUGGAACAUAUUUGAGUAACUUUUUUUGCCUAGACAUCAAUCUUAACAUCAGUUCAAAAAUACUUAAUUUCUAUCUUUGAUCAUAAUUCACACUCAGUAGCCAGCGCAAAAUGGUCUGAUAGCUAGUGGGUUUCUGCCUUCUAUGAGCUCUUAAUAACAACACUGGAAAUCAGAAGGAAAAUAUUUGUCUCAGAAUUGAAUGACCCGAAUGAUCACAAGUUCAGUUUCAUUUUAUAAUGGAAAUUACCAAAACAAAUUGUUAUCCUUUAUGUCUCUGCAGUUUUGUUAGCUGUUUAGCUCUGUUAUCAGGAAGUCAAAACAUUCUUGUGUCAGGUGGAGGGGUAGGUGCUCAUGUUUUGUUUAACUUUGUUAAUCUUAGUUGUAUCUGAUCUCUCUUCAUAGGGAAGGUAGAGUAUUGGAUAAUAAUGAUAGCAGCUCAUCAAGAAAUUUUGUCAACACUUGACCUGCAGUUUUUUUGGAGUCAAUUUCUGUUUGAAAAAUUUCUUCUUUCACUUUGUCACAAGUGUAUAAUUGCAAUAGUUUCUGGGCUUAUUAUAUAUCACUUUAUGUUACAUGGUCCUUCUAAUGCUCAAACUUACUACUCGUUUAGGAUGGAACUUGUUUUUUUUAAUUUUUAUUUAUAUGUGCUUAAUUUCUUUAUGCAAGGAUGGGACUGUUACAUUCUGGAAUCCUGAUUCAGGCAAAGAUAUAGCUUCAAAAAAGAUAGAUUACUCAACAGAAGACAUCAAAGAGGAAAACCCUGAGGUAGUUUCCUUGCAUUGUAACCCUGACUUGUUUUUCAAUAAUUGUAGGGUACCAUGAUAGUGUGAUGAUCUCACCUGGCAUCAAGUGUGUAUUGGGUUCAUUCUUGCCCUGAGGAUUUUUAUCAAAGUUCUCCUCCUUUCCAAUUGUCCAAGUUCCAAUUUAGUUUGGUAUUUACUUUUUGGAUGCGCUUCAUCUCAAUUAUAUUUGUUUUCCCUUUUGUAUUUAGUUAUUUGUUCAUGUAGUUAUUAAUUUUGAGGCCUUUCUUCAUUAACUAACCAGUUUUGCUGACCCUUCUCCACAGGAUGAUCAGCACUGUGGUCCAAUUGUUUCAUCCUUAACUUGCUGUUGCAGAAACUCAGUGGUGUGUGCUAUUAUAGAAAGGUAUACCUGUUUCAAUUUCCCUCUGAAAUCUAUUAGAUUUAGCUUGGAGGAUUACUCAUAUCAUUAUCAUGAUAAUUAUGGAAAGGAUCAGAAACGAAGUGUUUACCUAAGUUCUUUCCCUUGCAGAUGUAAAAUCAUUUCUUUAUACCAUGCAAGUCAAAAGGAGGUUAUAACCCUCCCUUCCUUAGAAGCAAAUGUGCCCCCCUGGAGUGCAGUAUUUGACCCAGAGGGUAGACUCUGGUGUGUGCAGCCCUACCCUGAGGAGCCUGUGUUGGUUUUUGAACCUAGCGGACAUUCACCAGACUUAACGGUUUGUGAUACAGAAAUUGAUUUCAGAGCGCUUUUCGAUUGAGUGUCGUAAAGCCAAAACCAAAGAAACUACAAUGACCUUUCAGAUUAAGGAAAGUAUUGCAAGUAGCCAAUGAGAACUCAAAAUAAAGAAGCAAGCCGCCUAAGACGCGGGCGACCAAGUCGUGAUUGGUUUUAGUUUUGCAUCUGAUUUUGCGCGAGUUUUCCGGACCAAUCACAGAGCAAGGCAAAGCAAAUCGGAUUACUUUCGACACUCAAUUGAAAAUGACUUCAACUGGUUUUCUCUCCAUGGUGAAUCUUUCUGUUAACAUUUUCAUAUAUUCGUUACAAGAAUGGUGUUACGUUACUAGUUAGGUGAAACAAGGAGUCAGAAAUCAAACUUUGACCAACGACAUACGUGAGAAAUUACUAUCUUAAUGGAGUUUGCAUUAACGUGGUCUUCCAUUAACCUGAAGGAAACUGCACAAUAUAUACCUCUCACUGACCAAGCUCGAGGUCCUUACCGUAAGGUACAGAUAUUUUGUCUUUUCAUUGAUGACCCAUAAAUCAAAGAUGAAAAGAACGAGAAUCCGUAACUUACAGAAACGACCAAGCAGACUGGGUCAGCAAGAUACUUACGUCUAUUGUGUGUCUGGCGGAUGUUGAAAAAGAAUUCUAAUCACGUGGAACGGCUUUAAAUCUACUUUCGAGUUCUAAAAACCAAAUGGGGCCAAGAGCGCAGUUCUUUUUUUAGUAAUUUGUUUUUUUCUAUAUGCAAGAAAAGUGGUCUUUUUUUUAAUCUGAGACUUUACACUUACUCUUGCUAAAAAGUUGAGGUUUUGAAUAGGUCUGAAUAGCCUUUUCAUUUACUAUUUCUUGCAAGUGUGAUAUCUUAUAACAUUAAAAAAUUGUUUUUUUCCCCUCGUAGUACGUAAAACUGGUGUCGGAUUUUACACCGCUCCUGUCCUCAGUUAGCGACUGGAACUAUUUAAAAGGUAAUUCUUACAUUACUUAUUGAAACUGUAGUUUCGGGCUGUUAAAACUGUACAUAUUUCACGAAGUAAUUAACACUAUGGCUAAAGUUAGCCCCAUGUUAGCACUGCUCAAGUGGUGUUUAUUACUGCGAAGAUCACUUUCAUAUUCUUAGCCCUAUGUUGUUGGCGUUUGACCCAACUACAACUUGGCCGCAUUUACACGGUACUGGAAUCAAUGAACUUAUGGUUUGCUUGUGAACAUCUUGCAUCUCAUUUAUUGAAAGCAAUUUACGCUUAAAUGCAUGAGAAAAGAAAAGGGGCUUUAAGACCGGACCUUGACUGCCUCUAGCUUUUUUUUUUGGAAGAAUUUUAUCCGUGAUUCCGUAUCACGGGCACCUGAAAUCUAGCCUCGCUCUUACAAAGGAUUUUUUUAAAAUAAACACAAGAAUGAGAGAGAGGGAGUUGAACAGGAUUCUACCACUUUAAUUGUUUUUGUUGUUGUUGUUGUUUUUUUUUUAUGAUUAAUUAUUGAAUAAACUUAUUUAUCACUCGUGGUUUAUUUUCUAAGAUAUCGGCAAAAUUCUAGCAAAACCCAAGUAAGUUAUCACAAAGGCCUUUCAGAUCAGUGAUCAAUAUCACAAGAAGCCAUUGAAAACUUGAACUAAAAUCGGCCAAAAGCGUGGCAAAACGAGCGUGCACGUAUCACGGGUUGUCUCUCUAAUUGGUUGAGAGAGUAAAGUAAGUUUUCGACCUAUCAGAUUGCGAAGUUGGGGUUAAACGAUGCAAUCCUGGAUCUCUGCGACACAAAUUAAAUUGUUUAAUGUCAUCGUGAUAAAGGGUUUCUUAUUCAAUAACGCAAGGCUUUGUUGGGCGUAACCGCCCCCUUGUCCAAUCAUGGUGUGAGUUUUAUGAUCCGGAACUGACCCCCCACAUUUGCCCACGCAGGUAGUUUAAAUCAGGAGCGUAAACUGGAUACGCUAAGAAAGAAAGAGGUCGACAAUUUAACGGAGUACUUGGCAAGAAAAGAGGAACGAAUAGAAAAGAAAAAUAACAAGAGUAAACAUCAGGACAACGGUCAUACUAAAAUGGACAGCUCCACCGUUGAACCGACCACAGAAAGUGAAGCAAAGAGACCAAAACUUGAGUUGACAAGUUAACUUGGCCAACUAAACAAUGAGUGUUCGCUACUGCCUAUUUGAUACACUUGUGUAGUCCUUGAAUCAAAC